GAGUGUACAAAACAUAAACAUUAUAAAGGCGGGAUCUCUUGUUUAUAUAAAUAAAUAGACUUUGAUAUGAGUAAGAAGACAACACGAUCCGUAAAACCCAAGGUUGACCCAGAUGCGGCGCCUCAGCAAAAAGCGUGUGCUAUCAAGAAAGUCUUCUACAUAUCCGAAAAGUUACUUAAUACCGAUGACGAUCAGCGAAUGUGUUUGGAGCGAUUUUAUCAUCCCGGUAAGGGGCAACCGGCUUUGUUUAUAACGUUGCACGAACGGCAAAUAAUGGAGGUGCUCGAGUACGCAGAGCCACGACGCAGUUGGCUACUAAAUAGUGAAGUCUGCUCCAAUGGACGCACGUAUAUGACGACGCCAAUAGACCCAACGUUUCUUGCACUGCAUCAUCUCCGGAAGCACUGUGCCCAGCGUGCAAUGUCUCUGGACAGCAUUAGCGUAGAUGAGGCGGACUCUAGCACAAACCGCCUGUUAACCAAAUUCAUAGACGCUGACAGUCUAAAAAGCGUGGCCGAUGUUAAGACAUCUGGGGAGCUUGUCUUCUACAAAUACAACAAAGAUCGAACUUUGGCGUGGCUUGCUCUGAAAACACGACAGGUUGUGUCUGUUCUCAAGGCAAAGCAAGUCCAUUGCGGCUUGGGUGCCAAGUCGCAGAACUUUGUUCGCAGCGAAAAGAUUGUGGACGAUAAUGAUGUCAAGGAGGUGGAUUACUUACGCAUGGCUUGCGACUAUGUGGGUCGCUAUUUGGAUGCGGACUUGCAUGCCGAACUAACGCGUUAUCUGGAAAUACCAAGCGAGAUUCAAGCUCUAGUCGAGGAAAAUGCCACGGCAAAGAAGCGAAAAUCUCAGCAAGGCCAAGCCAGUGCGAAUAGUAAGAAAAUAAAGCUCGCCAAUGGCGAAGAUGCUGCAACUCAGUUAAGGAAUAGCAGUCUGCUGGACAGCGAUGAUAACAAGGAGAGCAUCACUUCGCCGCCAAGCACACCUGCACCGCUUAAGGAGCGCACCAUGACGGCUAAGGAGAAGGUUCUGGCCAAGAGCGCCAAGGGCAGCAAAAGCAUUGCAUCCUUCUUCAAAGUCAAAUAGUUUUAGGUACUUUAAUUUAGUUAAGAAUAAUGUUACUUCAAUUCGAUUGUUCAAUAUACUCCAUCAAUUUUAAUUUAUGUAAA